UAUGAAUUUAAUCAUUAACAAAUUUUCCAAUUUUUUUUCUUGUUUUCAUCCUAACAAACCCAUUCAUUUAGAAAGGCAGAGCUUUAUCUUGAAAGAGGUAAGUCGAAUUCUUAAAUUACUUGCCAAAUUUUUCAUUUUCAAGAUCUACGAGCCCUGAUCUGUAAAGCCUCAAUCUUUUUCACUGAAUUCUUGCAUUUUGGGAAUCUGGGUAUUUUUGUUUUUGUCUUUUUAAGUAGAUUUAGUUCAUCGUAAAGGUUUUUAGUUAAUGAAAAGAUGUCGGGUCGUCCUGGGUUACAUAGAAUUCGAAGCACUAGGCCAGAAAAUCUAGGAAAAAAUACUUUACAUAUCAUUGCCAAUAUUUGCUUAACUGUAUUUGUAAUAGCAGCUCUAGUGGUCACCAUUAUAGCUGCAAUUUAUGAACCGGAUGACCCUCUUUUCAACUCUCCUACAAAUAUCACCACUUUCCUGUCUUCCGCGUCGAAUUCUACGUUUCAAUCGGAUAAUGUUGUCGUUAGAACAGGGGAGGAUUUAUUGGCAGCCAACCAGACUGCAUUAGCUACUUUGAUCCAUGUUACAGAUGCGGCUGAAACGAUGGAUAGGAGUACAGAUGAAACCAGUUCAUCAGUAUGCGAGUUUGAUCCAAAAGAACCACUUGAUUGUAGGGACCCCGAAGUGUUCCAAUCGAUGAUGCAAAAGGCUAUUGAGCGUUUUAAGGAUAUACACUUUAACCGGUUCGGGAAGCCGACUCCUGGCCCCGAGGGGAACACUUGUGAUAUGGCAUGGAGGUUUAGGCCUAAGAAAGGGAAAGCGACUGGUUUCAAUAAAGAUUAUAGGCGGUUCGUUAUCAACAGAUCGGAGAAUUGUACGGUUAGUGUCGUGAGCAUCGGGGAAUAUCAUUCUGGUGUCAAUGCAAGGAAGAAGAAGAAGAAGAAUAAGAAUCAAAUACCUGGAUACGAACCAGCAUCAGGUAUGCAGGAUCAAGGUGGCUUCUCUUUGCCUGCUGCAGGGGAAAUAGUAAACGAUUCACUUCCGGAUGUCGAGUCCGAAAGGGCAUUUAUUCGUCAGAAGUACUUGAUUUAUGUAGGUGGUGGAGACAGGUGCAAGAGCAUGAAGCAUUACUUAUGGAGUUUCUUGUGUGCACUGGGUGAAGCACGGUACUUGAAGCGAACCCUGGUUAUGGAUAUGACCCUUUGCUUGUCUUCCAUAUACACUUCAUCAAAACUCGACGAAGAAGGGAAAGACUUCAGAUUCUACUUUGAUUUUGAGCACCUGAAGCAAGCAGCAUCAGUAUUGGAUCAGGACCAGUUUUGGAAACACUGGGAGAAAUGGCAAAGGAAAGACAAAUUGUCCCUUUACCUUGUUGAAGAUUUCAGGGUGUCGCCUAAACAUCUUACCGGGGUGAAACAUUCUUUGAUCAUGAGAAAGUUCGGAUUCGUCGAGCCGGAUAAUUACUGGUACGGAGUUUGCGAAGCAGAGACCGGAUCCGUAGUUAAAAGGCCAUGGCAUCUGAUAAGGAAAUCAAGAAGGCUGAUGGAUUUGGUGGCAGUAAUUGGCUCAAAGUUGAACUGGGAUUACGAUUCCGUUCACGUCAUAAGGGGUGAAAAAGCGAGGAACCAGGACCUCUGGCCUAAUCUCGCGCAAGACACCUCGCCCGAGGCCCUUCUCUCAACCUUAGAGAACAAGAUCGAAGACGGGAGGAACGUGUACAUUGCAACCAAUGUACCCGAAACAUCUUUCUUCGAACCUUUGAAACACAAAUACGCCACUCAUUUUCUCGACGACUACAAGGAUUUUUGGGGAGACAGAAGUGAAUGGUAUUCAGACACGGCAAAACUUAAUAACGGGGCUGCGGUCGAAUUCGAUGGCUACAUGAGGGCCUCGGUCGAUGCAGAACUUUUCUUGAGAGGGAAGAAGCAAUUCGAGACUUUCAACGAUCUGACCAAGGAUUGUAAAGAUGGUGUAAACACCUGCAGUACUGCAGCCAGUUGAUCCUUAUACUGAGCUCUCAAAUAUCAUUGCUACAUUUGGAUAUGUUCUAAUUGUAAUUAUAACUUAUUUACAUUUCAAUAAACUGC